CUCUUCCGCCUCGUAUUCCACCAUGUCCAUAUUUCCACACGAACUGCCAUGUUUCUAUGCCCCCAAAACACGCCGACAGAUUUCCUCGUAUCGCUGAUCUCAAACCCUCCCCCUUCCCCCCUUUAGGAUUCCUUGGAGCUCAGCGAUGACUCCGAUAUCGAAGUCCAUCCUAAUGUCGACAAACGCUCCUUCAUCCGCGCGAAGCAGAACCAGAUCCACAUGGAGCGGCAGCAACGCAAGCUCCAGAUCGAGACCCUCAAGUACGAGCGCCAGAUCAACGAUGGUUUGAUGAAACGCAUAUCCAACCUCCUAGGGGCGCUCAAGGCCCACGCCGCCGAGGCCGAGACGCGCAACCCUGCCGAAGUUGCUUUCCAGGCCGUCAUGGAGUCUGCAGGGAGCCCGCAGGAGGACAAGCCGCCGCCGAGGCCUGAAGGCGUCCACGCUCAAGUUGAGCAGCCGCCGACUUACACCAAGAUGAUGGCAACGUUGCUAGAUCAGGUAAAUAAGGAACUUGACGAGAAGAAGCCCGAGAACCGCUACAACGCCAUGGUCGACGAGAUCGGUGUACACCUAAAGAAAGUCGAAGACCUACAACAAGAACUUUUCAAGAAGCUAGCCGAGCUGGAGAAGGAAGAGAGCCGCAAGAUCACCAGCGAGAGCAUCCACACCGGAUUUGACAGCUCGUACGUCAACAAGUCCGCGCCGUCCGCAUCCUCUGCUGCGAACAAGGCCAAUGACUCGAAAGUGGAGCUUCUCAAUCCCAACUUCUCGACGUCGAAGCCGGAGGGAUCGGGGUCCGCAGGAGCCGACGACGACGACGACGACAAAGAAGUCGAGGCCUCGCCCGACGCGCGCAAAUUCGCCCGCAUCAAGAUCGGCGAGUACCGGGAAAGCAACACCUUCAUCGGCUUGCACCCGCACAUCCUCUCCGAGAAGGAGUCGGACGGUCUCUUGAUCAUGGCCUUUGACGCGCAGCUCGAAGGAAAAGACGACUUUGCGCGGCAGUGCGUGCACCAGGCCCUGCUUCUCCAGUAUUGCCGGGCGCUUGGCAAGGACGGCGUGGCGCUGUUCUUCAAGCGCAUAACGACGAAGGGCCACCAGGCGCAGGAUGUUUUCUUCAAAGAUGUACAGGACACCUACUACCGGAUCAAGAACCGGGCCGCCGAGAUCAACGCGCAACGCGCAGCCGAUGGCGCGUCCGGCGAGGGCGUCGAGCAGAUCCAGCUCCACGCCGUCGAGCCCGGUACGGAGAUCAGGAUCACGAUCCCGCCCGAGCAGAGCGAGGACCCGGACGAGCAGAAGGCCCGCAAGAUCUUCGAGGGCUUCGCGCCGGACAUGCGCGAGGCCAUCAACUCGAGGAGCCUGGACAAGGUGAACGCGGUGCUCGGCAAGAUGAAGGUGGAGGAGGCCGAGGAGGUAGUCGGUCUCCUAAGCGAGGCCGGAAUCUUCAGCCUCGAGGAGCAGAUAAUAGACGCCACCACGACCGAGGGUCAGGAGCACCUCAAGGAGAUUGAGAAGAAGGCGGCGUCGGAGUCGUAUGCCGACGACCCGGAGUGAUGAUACAAGGGGCCUACCUACCUACCUACACAGAGGUAUCCACCAACAUGAUUAUGACAUAUACCUACCCAUGUGCCCGCCCGUGGCGUCGAGACCGCGCGCGCAACGGGACACGGAAGAGUGCUUGUAGUCCUUCCCUCUCGGUUGUAGGUUACCGAAUUUUGUAUACAUGCGCCACCCUCCAGAGCUGCCUCGACGCCGGC